CAUAUAUAUGAUACAUAUUUAACAUAUAUUGAUAAUACAACAGAUGAAAAAAUACAAAAGAGAAAAAUAACUAUAACUGUAGACGAAGAUGAUCCAUGUCUUAAACGAGAUGUAGAUGCAAAAAAACGUGCAAAAUCUGUAUUUCCUGGUGAAGAUCCAAGAUUUCAACAACAAAAUCAAACAUUACGUUGUUGGGUAAUGUAUCAUGAUUUCUAUCGUUGUGAACAUAUUUUGGGAGAGAAAUCAGAUGUAUGUACUUGGUUUAAACAAGUUUUUACAUCUAUAUGUCCAAAUGAUUGGAUUCGUCGAUGGGAUGAACUUAGAAUUGAAGGCAAAUUAAUCUAACACAAAUAUAAUACUCAAGGGAAAUUAUCUAGGAACAAAUAUAAAAAUCAGGAAAAAUAGUAAUUUUGUUUUCUGUGAGAAGGGAUAAAUCUAAUUUGGAAAAUAAACAAACUCGUCUUAGAAAAAAAUAUUAAUCUUUUAUUAUACAGGUACAAGACUUUUAUGAGGUAACUUAUAUAGAAAUAUGAAAUGAAUAUUUGUUGCAAUGCCCGACGUUGGCCUGUCAUAUGGCUGUCUUCAACAAUCGGUCAAUAAUUUCUUCUUUUUUUUAUAUUAAUCACACUAAUUACUGUAGUUUAUAUACGACACUUUUUACAUAUGUAAAAAAUAAACACUUGCAGCAAAUCUUCUAUAAACUUUCGUUAGAAUAGAAGCUUAAAAUAGCACAGUAUUAAAAAUUUUGCUUUUUUUUUAAAUUUAUGAUCCUUAUGUAAUAAAAUGGCUAUUUUAAUUUGUGCACAAACUCCUGCCGUGAUGAAGAUAACUUACCAUCUUCAGAUGUUACUUCUGCUAACAGCAUUCUUCCAUCUUUAUGGGAUUUUAUUUCUUCAAAAAUAGUAGUAUCUGCAAUUAUGAAAGUGUAUUAUAAAUAAUGCUUAU